GUCUUGAAGGAACCGGGGUGGGCGGUUCUCAUGAGCAAGAAGCGGUCGAUCCCCGUUGCCAGCAUUGUCCACGGAGAGGCUCGGGGCCUCACAGCUGCUGUCAAACACGUGUGCCGCUCCAUGAAGAAUUUCGGUUGUCGUCGCCUGCUCAUGCUUGACUCCUCCGCAUGUGUGCUGGCUCUGUGCAAAGGACGGCCCUCGGCCGUCGGGGCGUGCGCAGCCCUCCGGUCCGUGGCCGCCCAUGACCUUGCCACGGGCGCGGUCUUCGCGGGCCGCUGGUUUCCCAGAGAGUGGAACCGCGCCGACGGCCCGUCGCGGGGGCUGCGCCACUCUGGCUACGGAGGGGGAGACGCCGCUGCUGAGGAUCCGCGGGGCGCGGCGCAGGCCGGGCGCGGGGUCUCGCGGGAUCCGCGGGGCCCGGCGAGGGAUGCUCUGCUGCUCCGCAGUGCGGCGAGGCAGCUGAAGGCGGCGCGGCGAGCGCAGCGGCUGCCGAUCCUGGCGCGAGAGCGCUAUCUGCAGGCGAGGUCUGCGCGGACCGAGGCGGUGCGCCGGCGCUACUCGGAAUUCCUCGAGGAGCUGGACCAGUGGCUGGAGGUCAACGGUCUGCUGCCCAGGCCGUGCCCGAGCGGCCGCCUGGCUGCUGGGACAGUGGGCCGCUUCGACCACGACGUGAGCGACUGGAUGAACGAGCAGUACAUGGAGGGCUUCGACCACUGGCGCGGGGCGAACGUGCUGGCGGCCAUUGCCUGGGCGGACUCUCGCCUUGGCCGAGCGGGGAGCCACGGGCCCCCCCAGUCGCGGCAGGCGCUGAAAGGCUGGCGCAACUUGACGCCGGCAGCCAGCCGCCUGCCACUCUCAGUCGAGGUGGUGUUUGCCAUUGCGAUGGAGCUGCUGGCCAUGGGUCGAUGGGGCAUGGCGACGUGCGCGAUGCUCUCCCUCGCGUUCCUCAUGAGCCUAGUGCUCCACCCGCUGGAGGACGAGACGAGCCUGCACAGCAAAACGGGUGAGUUCGACGAGUCGUUCUUGCUGGACCUGGACGAAGACCAGUGUCUGGGACCCCUCUGCCAGCGGCUCAUCCAGAGCCGCGAUCCUCAGGAGCCCCUGUUCGCGUUCAGCCAGGCCGAGUUCGCCCGCUGCUUCAAGAGGGCUGGCGCCCGCCUGAUGCUGCAGCGGCCCCCGCCGCCGCGCAUUCUGCGGCAUUCGGGCGCGAGCCGCGACUUCGCCGAGCAGAGGCGGACGCUCGUCGGCGUCAAGCGCCGAGGGCGAUGGCGGACGGACGCGAGCGCAAGGCGGUACGAGAAGGGGGGCCGGCUGGGCAGCGAGUUCGCCAAGCUGCCCGCGCGCCUCCAGACCCACGCGCGGUGGUGCCUCAAGUACCUCCCCGCGGCGCUCUCCGGGCUACGGGUGUUUCUGGAGGUCUUUGCUGGCACAGCUCGGCUUGGUCGAGCCAUGGCGGUGCAGGGCGUCCACGCGCUGGCACGGGAUGCGAAGUGUGGCGAGCAGUGUGAUCUCACGAGCCCCUCUAAGUCCAGCGAUCGCGCGAUGGGGCUCGACGGCCCUUCUGCCAAGGACCUAGCCAAAGUGGACCUCGGAAAUUGCGCCAUGUCCUUCACUGUCUCCUGCCUUCACGCUUGCCGGAGAAUGUGGAUUUCAGGCGCGAUGGAGAACCCCGCCACGAGUAG